UCGAUUUUACUGCUGACGUGCCGCAACCGAAUUUGUUUACGUACAGAAAGUGCAAAAUUGUCAGAAAUCUCAACAUGUUUGAUAUACAAACACAUAUGGACUUUGUUGGCCAGGCCAAAGCAGAACGCUGGUCCCGUAUAAUAAUAACACUCUUUGGAGUAAUUGGUCUUGUGUAUGGAGCCGUUGUGCAGCAGUUUUCCCAAACCGUCUACGUUUUGGGUGUUGGCUUCCUGAUAUCUUCCCUGAUUACGAUUCCCCCAUGGCCCAUCUACCGCAAAAACCCGCUCAAGUGGCAGAAGCCGGUGAAUACCGAGCAGAAACAACUGUCGGGCGAUUCGUGUGAUGAAGGCAAAAAGAAAAAGAAAUAGUUGUAGAUAUAUAUA